CGGUAAAUGUAAAGAUUAACUCAGUAUAAAGUCACACUAUUAAUAAUAAAUACCUAGCUGGUUUGCAUGUGGAGAAUUGAAGACAACGGUAUGAAGAUCGACUUACUAGAAUGCUUUCGAGGUCAUACUUCGGUUGUCAAUACAGUAGCUUCAUCAAGAGCCUAUGGUAUAUUAGUCAGCGGAUCUGAUGAUAAAACUGCAAUCAUUUGGGAUAUCAAUCGGAAACAGUAUGUGAGGUCAUUGAGUAAUCACGAAAAUGGAGUUGAUAUUGUGCAAAUUAACAACACUUCAGGUGAUAUAAUCACAUGUUCGGGCCAUACAAUUCGUGUUUGGACCAUAAAUGGAGAUCUUUACUUUAAAAAGUCAGCAUGCAAUAGUUCGGAAUCCAUUUUAGCUUGUAUAUUUUAUGAGCAAAAGCUGUCAGAAUGGAGCAAGCGUGAAUUGAUCAUAACAGGACAUAGGAACGGAAUUGUCAAGUUUUGGGCGAAGCAUUCAAAACAUGGUGAAUGGUCGCUUGAACUUGUCAAAGAGAUGGCUCACAUAAACCGUGCUGAUUCUAGCUUCAACAAAUCUGACAUUGUUUCCCUUUUUCUUUCUCCCUCGAAAGGAACAUUAUUCACAGGAAAUAGGCAUGGCCUUGUUUAUACCUUUGUAUCUCCAGAUACCACAGAUACUUAUCACUACGAAAAAGACGAUAAACACAAGGAAUGCAUGGAAUGCUGCAAGAUAUUUGGUGUUUUGGAACGUAGACUACACUGUAAAACUUGUGGAGGAAUCUUCUGUUCUGCAUGCAUGAGCUCCAGCUUGAAUACUUUCUCCGACAAACCUUCUAGAUUAUGUUCGAGCUGCCACACACACCUGGUAAAUUGUAAAUGACUCAAAUAGCUGCCGGUGGCAUAGAUGUAAAGAAAAUCCUAGAAA